AUGGAACAGUUAAAGAAUGGUGUGUUUGGGAAAUUUUUAAAGUUGGAUGACGUGGGUCACUCUGGGAAGUUGACUCAUUGUAUGUUGCUUUCUCAAGUUUUUUACAAGGAUAAAAGCAAAAUGGUUUUUAGAGUUUUUGAUAACGACGUAGCUUUUACAGAAGAUGAUUUCCAUUCUAUAACCGGAUUGAAGAUUGAGGCAUCUGAUUAUAGUUUUGUUGAUGAUAGAGAUAACCGUUUGAAGAAACGGUAUUUCUCUGAUGUGCCAAAAGGUUUGAAGGUAGAACAUUUGUAUAAAUUUAUCACAAAGCGUUCUCGACUCCGUGAUGGUGCAGCAGAUGAUAUAUGUGAUGAUGUCGAGGUCUGUGAUGAAGAUGCUGUAAAGCUUGCUGAGAUAUACAUAUUAGAAACUGUUCUUUUGGGUAAAGACAUUAAAAGAAAUAUAAGUGAACGUAAUAUGAAAAUCAUAGACGAUCCAGAACUUUGUUCUUCUUUUCCAUGGGGGAGUUACUGCUUUCAAGAACUUAUUGACAAUUUGUCUCAUCUUCUGAAAACAGAAUCUGUGAAAGACAAACCUAUUGGUAGGAUUCCCCUUCUUGUUUAA